UCUACUCAUCCUACUCUGCUAUUCGCUCCUCUCUUUUACCUGCUUAUAAUACUUGUCGUUGACCUUGGUCAAUGUUCGGCGGUUUCUAAACUAAUGGCGCAGGCGUCAUCCCUCCAUUGACCACUCACUGCACAGAGAAGACAACUGCUCCGUUUGAUCGACGUCCGGGAUUUGUAGAUAAGACGUCAAUCAGUCCCGGAACGAUGGAUGAUUCAGCCUCAGCCCUGGAACGGUUUCGCCAGCAAUGGAAAGAAGAAGUUAAUGCGCGCGCAAGGAAACCACAGGGACAAUCAUCAAAGUCGAAACCAGAAAGGACCAGAAGAACGAGUGAAGCCAGACUUGAGAGACCGACUAACAAGCCGCCUACUCGCCACCUGGUAGCCGACAUCAAAGAUGAAUUAGAUCAUUAUAGUGAUGAAGAUCAGGCCGGCGAGAGCAGUUCAAUCCUGGCCCAGGGUGUCGAAGGACUCACCAUACACGACAACAUCGACGAUGAUGAAUUUACACGGAGACUUCCGCAAAAGGAGCCGACAAGUGCCCUUGAGCAUUUCGAACACGCCGUAGAAAGAGAGAGACAGGGCAAUCUUGGUGAUAGCCUGGCACAUUAUCGAAAAGCGUACAGACUCGACGCAAAGGUCGAUCAAUCAUACAGACAAAAACAUUUUCCACCGUCCAAGUCAAAGCCGACGACGAACCCAUCCAACGCGGCUGCCACCGUCCCUUCGACCGCCCACCACUCAUCGAAAGAACCCCUAGAAGAUCCUAUACCCACUGCUGAGCUCAUCGAUAGCUUCGCGCAUUGUCGGAUUCAAGGAGUACCGCCCGUCAUCGAGGGUGACCAUCCACCACCGUGCCCGAUCGAGAAGCUGCCGACCGAAGUGCUUUUAGAUUUGCUCCAACAUGUGGCCAUCUAUGAUCCGGCCGUGUUCUCUCGCCUGGCACUUGUCUGCAAGAAACUGGCGUACCACGUCUGGACCGACAACAGCAUCUGGAAACGGAUCGCCCUCGGCUCAGAGUUUGGUCUGGGCGGGCAACAGUAUCAUUUCAUGACCGACCUGCAAGGACGGGAACUCGUCUUCCGCGAAGUGGGCGAAGACUACGACGAGGAUCUACCUGCCGUCGGAGAAUCGUCUUUUCCCAAGGAAAUACUCUGGCGGGAUGUAUUUCACAAUCAUCCUCGUGUUCGUUUCACAGGCGUUUACAUAUCUACCGUCAAUUACACCCGACCUGGUGGUGCGUCGGCCACGGCGUAUACGUGGAACAACCCGAUUCACGUGGUCACAUAUUACCGCUACCUCCGUUUCUUCCGAGACGGCACUUGCAUGUCGCUUCUCACUGUCGAAGAGCCGAUCGAUGUUGUUCAUCAUCUGACGCCAGAAAAUUUAGCCUACGUUCGUUCCAAUAAGAAAGACGUUGCAAGCUCCUUGAAGAUCACCCCAGCGUCCGGGAAGUCAGCCUCGGGGAAAACUGCGACGUCGACUUCUACCGCAUCAGCAGCAGCAGGCAGCUCGGGUAAUGUUGCGCCUCCACCAGCUGCCCAGCAGAUCAUGAAGCAUGUUCUGAGAGGUCGAUGGCGACUAUGCCAUCCUAGUCUUGACAACUCAGCGGCGGAGGUAACACAAGAAGGUAUAGGACCGUCCGACGUCUCGACCUUGGCUCCUGGCGACUUGCAGAUCGAGACCGAGGGGGCCGGUCCCCGGUACAGGUAUACCAUGCAUCUGAGCUUGAAGUCGGCCGGAAGGUCCAAGCAUAUGACCAGGAAUAAUAAACUUAACUGGAAAGGCUUCUGGAGUUAUAAUCUUUUGACGGAUGACUGGAGCGAGUUUAGCUUGAGGCACGACAAGCCCUUUUACUUUUCUCGCGUCAAAGCGUACGGGUUGGGGUAUUGAGCUUUGGAGCCAUCCCAGACAGUCUGAGCAUCAGCAGUAAAAGAUCAUGUCGGUACCGCUGGCUGUCCUAUAUUGUUGUGGCUGUGAGUGGGGCGAGGGAAACGCCCUCAGCACGUGGUGUGUCCAAGCAUACUGCUUCUAGGUGUCGGACAGGCCCAUUAGAGAAACCAUCAGAUGUGGAUUUUUUGAAUCCAUGCACUCAUCCUUGCUUCUCUGCACAUUUCUCAUGCUUCAAGCCCCCUGGUUACUCUGCCUCCAUAUCCUCACGAUCUCCAGCAUUUCCCAUCCAGCAGUCUUGCCGCUUGUGCCUACGGUCUCGGCGCACCAUUUCCACUCCUCGGUUCCUUCCCAAGUUGCAAUCCAGGCCUUGACUUGUUCAGGUUUGUUGCCCCGACAGAACAAAAUGUAAGCCACUCCUCGACUGCUCAGAACCUCGGGGAUUUGCGCGAGCAUGCGGUUCGUGACUUCCAUUCCGUCUGCACCACCGGCGUAAGAGAGCGAGAGCAGAUGCGAAGAUUCUUCGAAGGAUAUCUUUCCAUCUGCGCUCGACGUGCCGGGGAAGGUGGGGACGGAGUCCGUAGGCACGUACGGCGGGUUGAAAACUAGUAUGUCGACUUCGCUCGGUCGAAGUGCGGUGGUGAGGUCGCCGCUCACGGAUGACAUGUAAAUGCUGUUGCUGUUGCUAGUUCCAUUGCUUCCUUUCGGCUCGGCCAGGGCCUUUUCGGCCGUCAUUCUCGUAGCCUGACACGCGUACGUGUUGACGUCGAUCCCGAGACUCAGGAUGUCCCUGCCGAAAAUCGUGCAGGCGUGCGUGGUCAGGAAGGCGAUUAUCACGCCUGAGCCUGGACCGAGCUCGACGAGAAAGGGCGCCGGGGAUAAGGAACUACUGGUCAUGCUGGGAUCUGAACUUGUGGCGAAGCGUGCAUGAAGCCAUUCUGUUUCGGAGGGGGAGGAGAGUGUGUCGAGAAACAAAUACGAAUCUUCAGCGGGUUCGUAGAUUGUGUCGUAGGAGACGUGCGAGGUUGAGGGCGUUGGGAGCAUGAUGUGUGCUACGUAUGGCAGUAGAUAAGACUCAGGUAAUCCCUUGCCGGUGUGAGUGAAGAUAGCAAUUGCAAC